AUGCUUUCCAACAUUGCCGCCUUCCUCCUCCCAGCCCUCGCUUUGGCGAACCCGGUCCCUGCAGCUCAAUCUGCCGCCAUCGACCCAAGUCUCAUCACCAUUCUUGACCACUCUUACUCAGGCAAUGGUUGCCCCCAGGGAUCCGUCUCCAACAGCUCUUCUACAGACAAGACGGUCAUUACAUUCGGUUUCGACCAGUUCCAAACCUACUACGGCCCCGGCACCCAGCAAAAAGACUGGUCUAAGGCUUGCCAGCUCCACUUGAACCUCAAGUACCCCGGAGGAUUCCAGUACGCCGUCGUCGAAGCCACCUACCACGGGUGGGCACGUCUGGACAAGGGCGUCACCGGCACCUUCCUGACCACCUACUUCUUCUCCCAGAAUGCCGCUGCAACCUCCACCACGCGCAUGACAGCCCAAGGCGGCGGCAAGCUCGCCGAAGGCGAAGUCUACACCAAGAACGACAAGGUCGAGACCACGGCCGUCGUCUGGUCGCCCUGCGGCACAAACGGCCUCCUCAACAUCAACAACCGCAUCUCCCUGACCUCGUCCAACACCAGCGCCUACGGCGAGCUGUCCAACGAUGAUGCUACCGUCGCUUUCACUCAGCAGGUCCAUGUUGCGUGGCAGCCUUGCACGCCCUCCAGCGGCAACGGAAACGGUGGCAUCGAGAUUGGCUGGCCUAAGGCUGUUGAGUCGGAGCUUGAUAUCUAG